AUGUCCUUGUCACCAGCCACAUCGGUGUCCAACAGCUCAGAAGUGCCCGCCAAGCGCCGAAGAACUAGCCUCUCCAUCUCCACCGCAAACGGCGCUAUGGCCCAAUCGCCCCAGGACACCUCGGCGGGCCUUACGCCCACCGCGAUGCACAUACCUAAGAGAGGGGCCCGGGCCUGCACUGCCUGUCGCAAGGGAAAGAACAGGUGUGAAGGCGAGGCUCCUUGUCGUCGCUGCCAACUGAGCGGAACACAAUGCGUCUUUGAGAAACCCGAGAAAAAAAAUGCGCAGGCAAUGUCAAACGCUAGCGUUGAGCGGCUAUCUCGCCUCGAAGGUCAAUACGUCGUCAUGCAAAGCCAAAUGAUAGGCAUGCAAUCUUCUCUCGACCGCAUUUUAGCCGCCAUCCAGAGUCAGUCGCAGGCCAACAUGGGGGUCAUGCAACCGCCCCAGUACCCCGUUGGCCUCCGUGAUGGCCCAGGAUACGUCACGAACAUCUCUGGCACACGCACUGGCCUCGAUCCCUACGAAUCGAUGCCGUCCUCGGAUCAGCGCGUGAGCAGUCAGCGAACGUUUCCCCCCCUUCCUGGGUUCGCGCCUCCGCCUCACAAGUAUGCAACUUACGGCAUUGUCCCGAGCACGGCUCCAUCAUCAGACGACGAGUCUGAAGACACUCUACCCCGAUCAACUCUGAACGCUCCGAUCGAGGCUCUCCAAGGCCUCGCCAAUGCUGCUGCAGAGGCCGCCGCCGUACCUUCCUUCUCUCCACCGAGAGUCAAAAAGCGCAAGAGGGCUGAACCCAUACCUCGCAACGCAUUCCCUCACGUUGUUGAGAAGGGUCUCGUGUCAGAUAGCGAGGCAAGGGAGUUGUUCCAUAUCUUUUUCUCUGGAUGUCAUCUCUUCAUCCCCCUCUUUGAUCCUUCAUAUGACACAUAUGAAGGGCUCAUGGAACGCACACCAUGGACGUUCGACGCAAUCCUCGCGGUUGCAGGCAAAAUCAGGAGUGGUAACAAUCCUCCUGGGCCAACGUUCUAUACAGCCUUGGAAGAAGCACAGGGCAUAGCCCGCUCCUCGCUCUUUGGCCCCGUCGUCCGGAAAGAGGCUGUCCAAGGAAUGCUGCUGUUGGCCGCAUGGAGCACGAAUGGCUGGUUACCCAGCGGUCAUGCUAUGCGCAUGGCCCUCGACUUGGGGCUGCAUCGUGCGCUCGAGAAAUUGGCGGAUGAUGGAGGCAAAAAACGUUCCGAAGAAGAAGAGAGGGACUUGGUAGUCUCGUCUAGAAUCUGGCUGUGCUUGUAUUGGUUUGACCACCAGAUGAGCCUUGGAACUGGCCGGCCUAUUGUUCUUCGCGAUGAGAACUCGAUCAGACACUGCCGUGUCCUCUUGAGACAUCCCAUGGCGUCUCCCACUGACGUUCGGCUGGUCGCGCUGGUCGAGCUUAUCGCGCAGAAGACCCAAAUAUACGAGACCCUGUCCCCCAUGGACGGACAGGUCAACCACAAUACGCUGGCGUUCAUACGUCGUGCCAAUGUAGCGCUGGAUAAGUGGUGGCACGAAAGCGAUGAGUUACACCAACAAACCAUGGACGGCGAUUCUCUACUGAGAAAGAUUCUCGCUGGUGAGCUGCACUAUGCCAAGCUUUGGCUCGUCUGCGUUGCAUUGCGCGGCGUGUCAUGGGACAAGAUGCCCUUCGAACAGCGGGAGCUGGCGUUCCAGGCAAAAGACGCUGCCACGAACUGCCUCUCAACAUUCCUAAACUCUUCAGAAUAUCGUGCCGCCCUUCGCUACGCAGUCCACGACAGCCUAGUCACCGCGGCGUUCUCAGGGCUCUUUCUUCUCAAGAUGGCAAACCUAUUCCCGUCGGAACUCGACCUUGGUGCGAUCACCGCGCAAGUUGAGCAGCUCGCGCAACUGCUCUCCGAAGUCGCAGCUGAGCGGUAUGCCCUCACCCUGCGCAUCAUGCUCGUCAACCUGCGGCGCAAAGUCGGGCUCACCACGGGCACCACCACACCUAUCCCGAGCAUGGGCCCUGGUCCCCACCAGACAGAAUCGAUGGUACUUCCGCCGCCGUCUUUUAUCGAUCCGACCGGCGUCCAGCCGCCCUUCACGCUCGAAGAGCUCGGAUUCCCCUGGUCCAACCAAGGACAUGGCAGCCCUGCGAAUUUCAGCCCCUCCGAUAUCCCGCUCUGGCUUCAGGAGCAGAGUCUGACGGAUCUUGGAUUGCCUGUGAACGGCUCAGAUGGCAUCUUCAUGAAUUUGAAUCGCACGAGCGGGUGGCCUGGCAACUUUGCGCCCAUGCCCGAGGCUUGGUAGAUUGUUCGGUUUCUGGAUACGGGUUACGUUUACAGCGAGUUUUGGUUUACACAAAGGCACGUUUCGUUGUGGUUUGAGACAUUGCACUGACUUCAACGUUUCUUGCCUUUUAUUUAUUCUUCGCCCUUAUAGCUACCCGCGCCCUCUAUUCACUGUUGGUUUUAUCGCUUAGCAAGUGGCUUACCCUCGCGUCUUGUUGUUCGACGUAUUUUCUUUGUACUACUACCGAGAGUGCCGCCAUACGGGUAUUCGUAUGUUGUAUUUAAUACAUGGACUUCCAACC